UCUUUCAUUGAUCUUCAUCUAUAUCGGUGUUUUAGGUUUUUUUUUUUUAUCUCUUUGCCUCCUCCACUUCUUCUCUGCCCCUUUCUCCCUCACAAUCUCACUUUUUCUUUCGUCCAAUUCUAUGCGCGUAAGAAUUUUACUAUCCAUGUGCUUUUGAUCACGAUUUCGAUAGAAUUGUCUGGUCUUUUGUAACACGUUAAAAAAGUUAAGGAAAAAAACUUUUCCGACCAAACUGCUAAAAGAUUCUUUGGUUUUUAACAUCUUGGUCUGAUAAAAGCAUAAGCUGUUUCGAAAGUUUGAGACUUUUACUUUCUUUAACUUAAUAUUGAAAGUGUGGUGUGGUGUCCUUGUGUGUGUGAGGGAUGAAUACAGAAUCCAAAGGAAGAGCUUGGUAUGGUAAAAUCUACCGUAAGCUUGAAACCAUUCUUGUGGAGGUGGACAGUUUGGCUGCUCAGGGUAAGGUUUCCUUGAGUUCAAGUGAUCCUCCAGGAUUGGAUUCUGUAAGGGAUGGUGAACCAGAUCAUCGUUUGCGUACAGAGCAGGGUGAUUGUGAUCAGAAAGCAACCACUUCCCUUUGCCGCAACGAUCCAAAGUCUUCUCAGGCAUGUAAUGAUGAUGAUACUUUUGUAUCUCUCUCUGGGAAUUGUACAGAGACUCCAGCUGCUCCUGGUCAUGACAAAGUGGCAAACAUGAGAUCCUUUAGCAGCAACUCUAUGAUGGUUAAUCAAGAUGAGUUCUUCAUUGAAGACUUCGAUGAGGCUCCAUUGGAUACUAUUGAUUUGUACGACAUGACAUUUCGAGAAGACCCUUCUGAUUUUGACGACAAUUUGCUGUAUGCAACUCGUGACAGGAGCAGGCAGCUCAGAUCAUUCAAGGGAAAGAUUAUGGAUGCUUUAACUUCGAAAAGAAGAAGAGAGAAGGAGUAUGAGCAGCUUGCAAUAUGGUUCGGAGAUGCAGAAAUGGGUUGUGAUGCGAUGAACACUAAGAAACAUGAGACAGCAUCUCUAAACACCAAAAGCUCAGAGCCAAACGUGCCAUUUGCAUCAGAAGAUUCUGAGUGGGAGCUAUUGUAAUGAUAAGAUUGUGAGUGGGGAGCUAGCUAUACAUGCUUAACUGUUCUAUUUUUGUGAAACUCAUGUGAUGCUUUGAACAAUAUAUAUACACUAAGAUCCAAUCUGAUUCUUAUAUGGGAAAAUCAAAUUCUUGCUC